GUCAUCAUGAAGUUCAUUAAUUGUGUGUACACUAAUAACAAAGUUUGUACCUUACAUUCUGCCGCAUGCGAAGCUACUCAGUGCGUUCUGUAAUUGUAUAUUGAGCGAUUUCUUCGAGCUGCAGAUGAAAGAGUUUUUGGAGGAAAUCGAGGAGACUUGGAAGAUAAAACAUGGACCAGAAAAAGAAAUAUUACAGAAUUAUGCAGAGGAAAGCAAAACCUUCUCGAUACGAUACGCAUUUGUUCUUUACAUGACGUGGAUCUUUUAUUGUACGACACCGGUCGUCAUUACCGGAAUAUACACGCUCUUACCGACGAACGAAACAUACUCGGCCAGAUUUCUAUUUCGUUUAGAACAUGUUCUUGAUGUGGACAAGUAUUUCAAUCUUUUGAUGCUGGUUGCGUUUAUCAGCGUAUUCUACAUCAUCUCCGUGCCAAUAGCUAUCGAUUCCAUGUUCAUACUUUGCACUUAUCAUGUCUGUGCAUUAUUUGAAUGUAUACGAUAUAACAUGAAACGCAAUACAAAGCGGGAAUUUCAUAUUGCUCAAGCCGAAUAUCAAGGAAGAUAAAGCAUAUCA